GACAUGGCUGGAAACGGGAGGCAGCUCCGUUUAACCGAGCCCCAUCUCCGACUCCAAGCCGCCUCCAAAAACUAACAACAAACUUUUCCUAUGCGCAAAGUAACGGCCCCAGGACAGACAGACAGACAGACAGCCAACCACACGCCUGGAGAAGUUUGCGUAUGAAUGAGCUUGUGUUUAAAAAAAAAGAAAAGAAAAAAAAAAAAAGUUUGUUGAGCUGUCAGAGAAGUGAGGUUGCGGGUUUGGGAUCACGGCGACAGAGGGAGGGUCGCUGCAGCCGCGGAAGGUCUACGCGCUUUUCGACGCACUCCAAUGAUGGCACCGAUGAUGGCAGAUGGAUUUGCUUUUCUUGUUUAAGUAUGACAUCUCCGGUUAAAAGGUGUCAUACAUACCGUGAACCCUAGUCGAUGGAUUUAUUACCUUUAAUACAAGAAUAUUUCACCUGUACUUUCUCCAUAGGCUAGAAAUCUUGAAGCAUGGGUGACUGGAGCUUUCUGGGGCGGCUGCUGGAGAACGCUCAGGAGCACUCGACGGUCAUUGGCAAAGUCUGGCUGACUGUCCUCUUCAUCUUCAGGAUCCUGGUGCUGGGGGCGGCGGCCGAAGAGGUCUGGGGCGAUGAGCAGUCCGACUUCACCUGCAACACCCAGCAGCCCGGUUGCGAGAACGUCUGCUACGAUGAGGCCUUCCCCAUCUCCCACAUCCGCUUCUGGGUGCUACAGAUCAUCUUCGUGUCCACGCCGACCCUCAUCUACCUGGGCCACGUGCUGCACAUCGUCCGCAUGGAGGAGAAGCGGAAAGAGAAGGAGGAGGAGAUGCGCAAAGCAAACAGGUUCCAGGAGGAGAAAGAACUCCUUUAUAGAAACGGUGGCAAUGGUGGAGGAGGAGGCGGUAAGAAGGAGAAGCCGCCAAUCAGGGACGAACAUGGCAAAAUCCGUAUCAGAGGCGCGUUGCUGCGUACCUAUGUGUUCAACAUUAUUUUCAAGACCCUGUUUGAAGUGGGAUUCAUUUUGGGCCAGUAUUUCCUCUAUGGCUUCCAGCUGAGGCCUCUGUACAAGUGUGCACGUUGGCCCUGCCCCAACACUGUUGACUGCUUCAUAUCCAGGCCCACUGAAAAGACUAUUUUUAUUAUAUUUAUGCUUGUGGUGGCUUGCGUGUCUCUUUUGCUGAAUUUGUUAGAGAUCUAUCACCUUGGAUGGAAGAAAGUUAAACAGGGCAUGACAAACGAGUUUGCCCCCGACCAAGAGUCGCUGCGCCACGCUGACAUUGCGGAGCCUGAGUGUUUGGCCUCGGCCUCCAGAACUGCCCCCUCCAGCCUCAGCUACCCUCCCAACUACACGGAUGUGACGGCGGGCAGCGGGGCGUUCCUGCCGCCCAUGGGGCCUUCAGCUGUGCCCCCGGCGGCAGAGUUCAAGAUGGACGACCUGCAGCAGGAGGAGUCCCUUCGCCAGGCCUCCCCCUCCUCCCACUACUACAUCAGCAACAACAACAACCACAGGCUGGCCACACAGCAGAACUGGGCCAACCUGGCCACCGAGCAGCAGACUCGGGAGAUGAAGGCCACCUCCCCCUCCCCAUCCUCCUCUUCCUCCAACGACAACGAUCAACAGCAGCCCGUUGACGCUGCGCUGCCGCUUCCCACCAGCGACGCCACCAGCACGACCGGCAAUGCUGCCUCUGGCAACAGCAGCCCCGGUGCUGCUUCCAACGCAGACAGCUGGGGAAGAGGUGGGAAGAGCAAGCAGGAGGAAGGAAACGUCACCACCACCACGGUGGAGAUGCACGAGCCUCCAGUAACGGUCAGCACAGACCCUCGGCGGCUCAGUCGGGCCAGCAAGAGCAGCAGCAUCAGGGCCAGGCCGAGCGACCUGGCUGUCUAAAGCUCUUCGGCCCUUUCAUGUCCCUAAACCCUCCCUGACCAACAACCCCGUUUCCCCAAACCCCGGCCCCAAACAUUCUCAUAGUUUAAAAAAAAAAAAACAACAAAAAAAACAAACAAAAAAAUAU